AUGACAGACGAGUUUCUGUUUCAAGACAGUAAGAACCAUACUGUUUGUAUAAAUCCAACAAAAAGAACUUUAAACGAGAAACCUAUAGAUGAACUUCUUUUGAAGGCAGAUAUUGACAACAAAGCUGACAAAGAGUAUGUUGACGAUGAGUUAGCACGUGUGGCUAGUGCGUUAGUGAAGAAGGCAGAUAAGGAAUAUGUGAAUGAAAAAGAUGAAAAAAUUAUAGAAAGGGUUGAAUGGUACCAUGAACGGACAACAAAGAUUUUAAAAGGUAAAGCCGAUACAGGGUGGGUUUCAGGAUGUUUAGACCUUAAAGCGGAUAAGAACCAUACACAUACCAUUGCAAAUAUUACAAACUUACAAGAAACCUUAAACAGGAAAAGUGACGUUGGACAUACACAUACCAUUGCAAAUAUUACAAACUUACAAGAAACCUUAAACAGGAAAAGUGACGUUGGACAUACACACGAUUUCUUCGCAACUGUUGGUAUAGAAAAUAUUGAAGGAACGGUUGAAGAAACUGGUGGGAUGUAUUAA